AUGGCUCUCUCAACGAAUUGCUGGAAAUAUCUUGUUUUAACCUUCAAUGUUUUAUUCGCAAUGUCAGCUGUAGUAUUAUUUGGAGCCAGUGGAUUUCUUUUAUACAGACUUUUUAUUUACCGACAUUUCAUAGGAAUAAAUGUUGAAUACCCCGCCAUAUUAUUAUUGAUGAUGGCUAUUAUCACCUGUUCUGUUGCUUGGAUAGGUUGGAGGACAGCAAUGUCAAUGCACCAGAUUCAUGUUAUCAUCACUGGCAUAUUACUAAUCAUCGUGGUUGUCAUCGAAUUCUCCUGCUUCGUGUGGGCCAUGGUUGUGUGGGACAAUAUUGAGAUUGACAUCAAGUCUACUAUCAUGAGGUAUUUCGAGACCUCGUUGGCUAAUACUGACCCCAAUUCUGUGGAUAUGAUCAGAUGGGAUAGAUUACAAGUUAAGUUUGAAUGCUGUGGCGUGACGGGUCCAAGCGACUACACAUCAAAAGGCCAUGUGCCUUUUUCCUGCUGUGGACAGGGACCAUUGGAUUCUAUCCACAAGCCAUACACAUCGGAAUGCACGAUGUUGUUCCAAAGAGGCUGCGGUAAGCAGCUGCACGAGUACGCCAGAGAACAGCUGUUGUUAGUGUCCAUGACAGCCUUGGCCGCAUCUAUCUUGCAGGUAAGUGUUUCUUGUGCUUAG